GAGUACGGUGACUGGACGAUCGUCAGUCAAUUGAUCAUGCCUUUGGAUGGCAGCACAGUAAAGCGCCAUUGGUAGAUUAGCUACGACUGUGAGUGGCUGCAGCAGCCAUCGCUGAUUGAUUAGUCAGGCCUGUGCGUCGCUCUACAGAGAAACGUCGUUGGAGGAUUAGUCAGGCCUGUCCAUGUCGCUGCAGCGGAGCGGGAUGGCGGCGCAGCCUCCUCCUCCUAAACCGUGGGAGACCCGGAGGGUUCUGGGCGGAAUUCCCACCACUGCUUUUCAGUCUUCUGACUUGAGAACCAGCACUCUCACCAGGCCUGGGCAGCCAGUGCUUACCCGAGUGCCACCACCUGUCCUACCUAGACCUUCUCAGCAGACCAGUACAAGCAUGUUCAGUGCUCACCGACCUUCAUACAGCUCCUUUUCACCAGGCUUUGGCUCCUAUGGCAGUUAUGGCAGUUCACUUUAUGGAGGCUACAGUCCAUACAGCUAUGGAUACGGCAGUGGACUUGGUUAUAACCGGUUCCAGACAGACGACAUACCACCUAGUAGCUUUGUGCGUCACGCUGAAGAAAGUAGCCGGGGGGCCUUCCAAUCCAUUGAGAGCAUUGUCCAUGCCUUUGCCUCAGUCAGCAUGAUGAUGGAUGCCACUUUCUCUGCAGUAUACAACAGCUUCAGGGCUGUACUGGAUGUGGCGAACCACUUUUCCAGACUAAGAGUCCAUUUUACAAAGGUAUUUUCUGCAUUUGCACUUGUUAGAACCAUCCAAUACCUUUACCGACGUUUACAGAGACUUUUGGGGCUACGGAAGUGUUCAGAAAAUGAGGAUCUUUGGACUGAGAGCGCUGGGACUGUGGCUCGGAUGGGGUCAGAGAAUGAUAGCGCCAAUUCGGCCAAAUCGUGGCCUAUUUUCUUGUUUUUUGCCGUCAUUCUUGGUGGCCCCUACCUUAUUUGGAAGCUCCUGUCUUCUGGUAAUGGUGAUAGUAUUGAAGAAAACAUAAACUGGGCAAGAGGGGAGGAUGACCAUGUGGUGGGAAGAGCCGAAUAUGACUUCACAGCAACUUCAGAAGAAGAGAUUUCCUUCCGUGCUGGAGAUUUACUCAACCUGGCUCCCAAAGAACAACAACCUAAAAUAAGGGGUUGGCUGCUCGGAAGCGUGGAUGGACAAACAGGUUUUGUACCAGCAAACUACAUCAAAAUCCUGGGUAAAAGAAGAGGCAGAAAGGCUGCAGAGUUGGAGAAGAAUGUGGAGGAGCAGCAGCCAUUUCCUAACCCUCCGACGCUGAGUGCCCCUACUUCAGUGGCCUCUUUAGAGGAGCAGGAGGCCGCACUUGAGUCAGUUUUUGUGGAAACAAAUGCCACAGUCCCUGAUCCAAACUCAAGCCACAGGGACACAUUUGAUCUGUAGACAGACGUGGGCCUUGGGAGACAAUACUGCGCCACUACUUAUACAGAGACCAUAGUGAACAUGCGGCUGCACUGCAUAUAGUGCACAGAGCCAUAUACAGUAAGUUCAGUCUUAUAGGGUCAGGAUGUCUUCUGCAUACAAGGUUUAUAGAUGUCUAACACUAGAUUAACAAUUAAAGGGAAGUGCAUCCAGUGGUUAAUGGAGCUUUUGAUCUCACUGUACAGUCCCUAAAGCAGUGGUUCUCAACCUUUUUUGCCUGAGUUCCCCUUGACAGCCCAUUCCCAAAAAAUUGUUCCCCCAUAUUAUAGACCUUUUGUAAUGAUUAUAGUAUAAUUCAUAUGCUUUACUUUCCUCUAUAACAGGCCCCCUGUUCCUCUCCCUAUCUCCCCAGUCCCCCGAUUUACAGGUGACAUCUUCUCUAACCGGAGUUGUUUUCUUUUCUUCACUAUCUGGCCUAGACCGCCAAUAAGAUUUCUCCCAUACAAGACUUCUCCACAGAACCAGCCAAAAAACAUUUAAGGCUCCUUUCUGCAGUACAAUACCCACCUAUUUACAAACUCCCCAUGUUUAUUAUCACACACAGUAAUAGUACCCGCUUUGCAUCCCCAUAAAAUUAUUAGGCCCCCUCUGUACCCCCAAAUAUAGCUGUAGGCCCCCAAACUGCCCCCAUAUAUAGUUGUAGGCCCCCAUACUGUCCCGCUUUGUUGCUCCACUGCUCCUCCGGUCUGGGGACCUAUUGUUAUGGCUCAUUACAGUAGGUCCCCGGUCUGCAGGGACAGAGGAGCAACAAAGCUGAUGUAGUUACUGCCUACAGCAUCCCAGUGCCCUCGAUUCCCCUUUGCUGUCCUCCUGCUCCUUUGCAGUGACGUCAGCCUACCAUUUCUUUCAUAGUGGUCCAGACCAGUGGCUGUGGCUGCCAUAACUGAUUUUAUUUCCAAGUACCCCCUGGAGAACUGCUAAGUACCCCUGGGGGUACUUGUACACCAGGUUGAGAACCACUGUCCUAAAGGGCAACUUUUUUUUUCCUGUAGCAUUUUUAAGGUGGUUGUUUAGCUGCCUCUGCAUGUCUUGGCAUACUGCUCCGUGUCUGGUAGAAUGCAACCUUCAUUUUUGGCUACAUGAUAAUUCUGGCCUAAUAGGCCCAUGACCUCUUUAUACAGACACCCAGUGAUCUGUCUUACUUCAGACUUCCACGGAUCACAUGCUGAUCUUUUUCCCCUAGAAAACUCUGGUAGAUCUACAAAAAGGCAGACACCUCUUGUAUCUGAACAGGGUAAGACUGUCUGCCACUAAACAAGACCAUCCCAGUAAAGGUUUUCAGAUGGUGGCAUCAAGAUGCUAAAGACCAUCCAAGACUCUGCCCAUCCUUUCUAUUGGGUAGGGACAAGGUUAAUUUCACCCCACGAGGCCUGGAAAAUCUUUGAUGCCGUAUUGUAUUCUCAUGCCUGUAAGGAUUGUCCACCCUGACUAGAACAUUUUUCUUGAUAGUCUACUGACUUGGCGUUUUUGGGUAGAAUUGCUAAAAAUCCUCUUUUUUUUUUUCAGAUUGUAAUUGUUCACUAAUUUAAAAUCUUAAAUUGCUGGCUACACAGAAGUCAUAUUUUUUAACGAAGAUUUUUAAACCUGUUGCAAAUGGUUUUCUUAAUUUCCGCUUCACAGACAGUGAAUUUUACCGUUGUACUGGACCAAUGAUAUCUGUGGUAGCAGGAGUAGUCCAGUGGUGAAAAACUUAUCCCCUAUCCUAAGGAUAGGGGAUAAGUUUCAGAUCGCGGGGGGUCCGACCGCUAGGGCCCCCGCAAUCUCUCUGUACAGGGCCCUGGCUCUCUGGCCAGAUAGCAGGUGUUGACCACCACACGAAGUGGCGUCUGAUACGCCCCCUCAAUACAACUCUAUGGCAGAGCCUGAUAUUGCGAAGGCAGCGCUCCGGCUCUGCCAUGGAGUUGUAUUGAGGGGGCGUGUCAGCUGCAGCUUUGUGCGGUGGUCAACACUACCCCUUCCCGCGGGCUGUCUGGGCCCCAUACAGGAGAUCACGGGGUGCCCCCCCCCCCCCCCCCGUGAUCUGAAGCUUAUCCCCUAUCCUUAGGCUAGGGUAUAAGUUUAUCACCACUGGACUACUCCUUUAAGUACUACUAUGGAUACUGCACCUAGUACACUGUGCUAUGUACGUCCGUUCACUAAAAGGGGAUUCAGAGCUUUUAUCAAAUAAAUAGCUGUGUUCCCUAGUUUAGAUACUCAAAAUAGGAAGGACCUGAAAGCUUUAAAGGGUAGAAAAGUUUUGAAAUCAACUGGGGCCAGAAAGUUGUAAAGAUUUGUAAAUAAAUUUUAUUUAAAAAUCUUAAUCCUUCCAGUACUUAUCAGCUGCUGUAUGCUCCAGAGGAAGUUGUGUCAUUCUUUCCAUUCUGACCACAGUGCUCACUGCUGCCACCUCUGUCUGUGUCAGGAACUGUCCAGAGCAGAAGCAAAUCCCCAUAGCAAAUUUCUCCUGCUUCAGAUAGUUCCUGACACGGACAGAGGUGGCA